AUGACGGUGGGUAACCUGCUGGUCGCCAGCUUGUUAAUACCGUUAACGACAACAACGUUUAUUAAUGGUGUUGCGGCGAACAUCGAUGGAACGUCAGCGAAAAAGCACGAGAAAUUCGUGCCACUAGUUGCAUUUGAAUGCGGUUAUCGCAACAAAUAUAUGAAUGAGGACGGUGUGUGGAUGAGUGACGAGAACCGAUACGCUACAUGUCUCAGUGGAAAGCUGGACAUUCUCAAGUACUGUAAGAAGGCGUAUCCAAAACUCAAUAUUACGAAUAUUGUCGAAUAUUCACACGAGGUGGCCAUCGAGAAAUGGUGUCGUGAAGAAGGAACGCCAUGCAAAUGGACACACACUGUCCGACCGUAUCAGUGUAUUGAUGGUGAGUUCAAGUCGGAAGCACUGCAAGUGCCGCACGAUUGCCGUUUUUCUCAUGUGAACUCUGGUGAGUCCUGCAACGAUUACCAGCAUUGGCGUGACGAAGCCACGAAACAGUGCUCAAUAAAGACGUUCAAUGGAAAACCAAUGACUGUUCGCUCGUUCGCUGUACUCGAGCCAUGUAGUCUCGAUCUUUUCACUGGUGUUGAAUUCGUGUGCUGUCCAUCAACAAAAUCACAACUCCAGUCGUUGGUGCUCGAACAAUUGAAAAAGCGAACAAAGUCGUCCGAUGAAAAAUCGUCCGAGGGUCAGGAUCCUUAUUUCAAGAACAAGGAUCCCGCUAACGAACACGAAAACUUCAAGGAUGCUGAGGAUCGACUCGAUAAGAAACAUCGCGAGAAGAUCGAGAAG